AAAGAACAGAAAUUUGAGAUACAAUGUCAAUAUUCUUUUUGAAAUUGUAUUCUUCCAAAUUAAUUCUGCCCUUUAAUGGUUCAUAUAUGUAGCUCUCUUUUUUAAAUUCAGGAGUUCAUUGCUUACUCUCUUUGGUUUUUUUCUAACACUAACCAAAUGCCAGUAAAGUUUAUUUCUUUGCUUCAUAAAACCCUAACCCAAAACCCCAAAUAUUUACAAUUCAAUUAUUUCACUUAUUUCUUUAAUCAUACACUCUCUCAAGACCCAUAUGAUCCACCUUUUACUCUCAAGUCCAAACCCGCAAAAUCCAAACUGAAGACGAAAAAGGCGCCAAUAGAACUACCAGACUCGGAUGAUAAUGACCCGAAACUCCCGUUGAAAUCGGACCUUCCUUUUGAUUUCAGAUACUCGUAUUCAGAAUCCAAUCCAGCCAUUGAGCCAAUUGGGUAUCGGGAACCGAAACGGUUUUCGCCGUUCGGACCGGGUCGGCUCGAUAGGAAAUGGACGGGUACUGCUGCUCCGGUUCAGGCGGAGGUGGAUAUGGAAAGAAGAAUGGAGGAGAGGAGUCGGAUUCUUGGUGAUCCACUCACGGAAGAGGAGGUGGAGGAGCUUGUGGAGCGGUACAGGCACAGUGAUUGUUCUAGGCAAAUUAAUUUAGGGAAGGGGGGAGUUACUCACAACAUGUUGGAUGAUAUUCACAAUCACUGGAAGAGAGCCGAAGCUGUGAGGAUCAAAUGUUUGGGAGUGCCAACUCUUGAUAUGGAUAAUGUGUGCUUCCACCUUGAGGAUAAAUCUGGUGGGAAGAUUAUUUACAGGCAUAUCAAUGUCCUUCUUGUAUACCGUGGUCGAAACUAUGAUCCCAAGAACCGGCCUGUUAUUCCAACCAUGCUGUGGAAGCCUUAUGCUCCGAUAUAUCCAAAGCUUGUUAAGAAUGUAGCUGAUGGUCUAACGUUUGAAGAAACAAAAGAGAUGAGAAAUAGAGGGUUAACUUCUCCGGCACUAAUGAAACUCACCAGGAAUGGUGUGUAUGUGAAUGUCGUGGAGAGAUUGAGGGAGGCCUUUGAGACUGAAGAAGUUGUGAGACUAGACUGCACAUAUACUGGCUCCAGUGACUGUAAACAGAUUGGUGUAAAGUUAAAGGAUUUGGUUCCUUGUGUUCCUCUUUUAUUCAAGGAUGAGCAGAUUAUACUCUGGAGAGGCAAAAGAGAUCAGAACCAGGAUCCAGUCGCCGCCUUGAUGAACCCUUAGAUACUUGGCUCCGACGUGCAGUUAAACGAUGCUGGUGGAUUGAGUCGAGCCAUGCUUUGAAACGCAUCAUUGUAAGACAAAGUUGACAGUAUUCAUCCUUUGCCAUGUCCCCAUGUUUGCUUUUCCAAACGAGACGAGAAGGUCCAGUUACGGCAUCCCUUGUGGAAUUUCUGUGCUUAUAUAGAGAAUUUACCUGCUUUCCUCCAUGUUACUCGACACGAGGUCGUCCUAGGUUAGGGAGCAUUUCGGAAAAAAUGUCCCUGCCAGCUAAUAAUAUCUACAUCAUGUUAAAAAUUAUUAUACUCUUUGCUAGUAAAUCAAAUGUGUUGAUCUUGUAUCAUUGUAGAACAUAAUUAUUGACAUUUCAAGAUUUACUAAUAUAUUUAGCAAAUUUUAAUA